AUGCCUUCGGCACCCCGCCAUAAUUCGGCGAGAGCAAUGCCUUUGGCACCCCGUUAUUAUUCAACAAAAGCGAUGCCUUCGGCACAAUGGCGAAUCCAUGAAUUUUUCAGGGGAGGUGCAAUAUUUAAAAGGCUAAAAAUUUACAAAGGACUCAAGCAAGGCCCUGGGUUCGAGUUCUAA